GGAUGACUGGCUUCAUUGUCCACCUGGGCUUGGCAAGUCUGGCUGGUUCCCUCCAUGCCCUGAGAGGUGGAGGUGCCGUCUUCCCCUCUGGGACCAGCUGUCUCCAGUCUUGGCCUGCCCUGCUGGUCCAUUAAAAGCAGGGCUCUCCAGGGAACAAUCUUCUCGGGUUGCCUGUAAUCUGAGUGAGCCAAGGACCAGAAGAGUGAGAGCAGCAAGAAUCUCACUCGGCAACCAUGUCAGUGGAACUGGAGACCUCAGAGGGGGUGGAUGAGUCGGAGAAAAAGAGCUUUGGGGCCUCAGAAAAAGAAAACCACACCAGGAUGGCUGACCUCUCCGAGCUCCUGAAGGAAGGGACCAAGGAAGCACAUGACCGGGCAGAAAACACCCAAUUUGUCAAGGACUUCUUGAAAGGCAACAUCAGGAAGGAGCUGUUUAAGCUGGCCACUACUGCACUUUACUUCACAUAUUCAGCUCUGGAGGAGGAGAUGGAACGCAACAAGGACCACCCAGCCUUUGCCCCCCUGUACUUCCCCACGGAGCUGCACCGGAAGGAGGCACUGACCAAGGACAUGGAGUAUUUCUUUGGCGAGAACUGGGAGGAGCAGGUGCAGUGCUCCCAGGCUGCCCAAAAGUACGUGGAGCGGAUCCACUAUGUGGGGCAGAAUGAGCCGGAGCUGCUGGUGGCCCAUGCAUACACCCGCUACAUGGGGGACCUUUCAGGGGGCCAGGUGCUGAAGAAGGUGGCCCAGCGGGCCCUGAAACUCCCCAGCACGGGAGAAGGGACCCAGUUCUAUAAGUUUGAGAACGUGGACAAUGCUCAACAGUUCAAGCAGCUCUACCGGGCCAGGAUGAAUGCCUUGGACCUGAACCUAAAGACCAAAGAGAAGAUCGUGGAGGAGGCCAACAAGGCCUUUGAGUACAACAUGCAGAUUUUCGAUGAACUGGACCAGGCUGGCUUCUUGUUGGCCAAAGAGACCCUGGAGGAUGGGCUCCCCAUGCACGAUGGGAAAGGAGAUGUGCGUAAAUGCCCCUACUACGCUGCUAAACAAGAUGGAGGUGCCCUGGAGGGCAGCAGCUGCCCCUUCCGAACAGCCCUGGCUGUGCUGAGUAAGCCUAGCCUUCAGUUCAUUCUGGCCGCUGGUGCGGCCCUUGUUGCCGGCUUCUUGGCCUGGUACUACGUGUGAAGGACCCAUCGUACCGCCUUGGCGCCAUCCUCCUGAUUGACCACUGGCCCAUCCCCACCUGUGACUAAACUACCACCUCAGGUGACUUUUUUUUUUAAAUGCUGGGUUUGAGAAAACAAGCAACCAAUAAAAGCCAGACGCUAAA